AUGAUGAUCAAGACACUCAAAGCGGCGGCGUGGGCGUCGGCGGCCAUGUUGGCACUGGCAGUCGGUCAACCGGCCAAUGCCAUGGAGAAAACCGAGUUCAGCGUUUGCUGGUCGAUCUAUGUCGGCUGGAUGCCCUGGGGCUAUCUUGAAGAAUCCGGCAUCAUGGACAAAUGGGCCGACAAGUACGGAAUCGAUGUCGAGAUCGUACAGAUCAACGAUUAUGUCGAGUCGAUCAACCAGUACACGGCGGGCCAGUACGACGGCUGCUCCAUGACAAACAUGGAUGCGCUUUCCAUUCCGGCCGGCGGUGGCGUCGACACCACGGCGCUUAUCGUCGGUGAUUUCUCGAACGGCAACGACGGCAUUGUCCUCAAGGAGGGUGACAGCGUCGAAGCCUUGGCCGGCCAGAAUGUCAACUUGGUGGAACUGUCCGUUUCGCACUAUUUGCUGGCGCGCGCGCUCGAUGGUGCCGGACUCUCCGAGCGCGACCUAACCGUUGUCAACACAUCCGAUGCGGACAUGAUUGCCGCCUACGCGACAGACGACGUCACGGCUGUGGUGACAUGGAAUCCGCUGCUUUCGGAAAUCGAAGCGACACCGGGUUCGACCAAGGUGUUUGACUCCUCCAACAUCCCCGGCGAGAUCAUCGAUAUCAUGAUGGUCAAUACCGAAACGCUGGCGGCCAAUCCGGAUUUUGGCAAGGCCCUGACCGGCGCAUGGUAUGAAGUGAUGGGCCUGAUGGCGGCUGGCGAUGAGGCAGCGCUGACGGCCAUGGCCGAUGCCUCGGGAACCGAUCUGGCGGGAUACAACGCACAGCUUGCAACGACGAAAAUGUUCUACGAGCCGGCCGCGGCGGUGGAGUUCACGCAAUCGCCGGAGCUGCCGCAGACCAUGCAGUUCGUUGCCGAGUUUCUGUUCGACAAGGGCAUUCUCGGCGAAGGCGCGCCAUCGCCUGAGUUUGUCGGCGUCGAGUUCCCCGACGGCUCCGUUUUCGGUGACGAAGGCAACGUGAAACUGCGGUUCGACACCAGCUACAUGGAAAUGGCGGCGAACGGCGAACUCUGA